GGAUGUGACGUCAGUGAGGCGCGUCCCCGCUCCGCUCACAGCAGUCGUUGAAUGUAUCGAUGAGAAACGGAGAAAGUCAGCGAGCGUCACAUCAUCCACAGACACGCGAGCGUUGGAUCGGGACCGUCACACACACUCAGCAUGUCGGACUUCCACGACUCUCUGGUGGACGUCUCCAGCGACAGCUUCUGGGAGGUGGGGAACUACAAGCGCGUGGUGAAGCGCGUGGACGACGGGAACCGGCUGUGCAACGACCUGAUGAACUGCCUUCAUGAGCGAGCGCGCAUCGAGAAGAGCUACUCGCAGCAGCUGAGCGAGUGGGCCAAACGCUGGAGACAGCUGGUGGAGAGAGGACCCCAGUACGGGACGCUGGAGCGGGCCUGGUGCGCGCUCAUGACCGAGGCCGAGAAGGUCAGCGACCUGCACAUGGAGGUGAAGGCUGCUCUGAACGAGGACAACGAGAAGGUCAAGAACUGGCAGAAGGAGGCUUACCACAAGCAGAUGAUCGGCGGCUUCAAGGAGACCAAAGAAGCAGACGACGGCUUCCGCAAGGCUCAGAAACCCUGGGCCAAGAAGCUCAAGGAGGUGGAUGGGAUGAAGAAGACGUACCACGCCGCCUGCAAGGAGGAGAAGACGGCCGCCAGCCGAGAGAGCACCAGCAGACUGGAGAACAGCCACCCGGAGGCGCAGAAGAAGCUGCAGGAGAAGGUGGAGAAGAGCCAGCAGGAGGUGCAGAAGAGCCGCGAGCGCUACGAGAAGGCUCUGCAGGAGCUGGAGAAGGUGACGCCGCAGUACAUGGAGAACAUGGAGCAGGUGUUCGAGCAGUGGCAGCAGUUCGAGGACCAGCGGCUGGCCUUCUUCAAGGAGCUCCUGCUGGGGGUCAAGCGGCACCUCGACCUCUCGGCCAAUCACAAGUACUCGACGGUCUAUCACACACUGGAGGACACCAUCCAGGCAGCCGACACGCAGGAGGACCUCCGCUGGUUCCGGACCAAUCACGGGCCCGGCAUGCCCAUGAGCUGGCCUCAGUUCGAGGAGUUGUCCAUGGACUUGAACCGGACGCUCAGCCGACGGGAAACUAAGAGGAAACCCACCGAUGGAGUCACUCUGACAGGAAUCAGUCACACCACAGAGACCACGGCCUCCAAAACCAGCAGCAGCGUGACUGUAGCCAGUAGCUCAGAGGCCGUGGGCCUGAACCCGUUUGAAGACGAGGAUGACGAGGAUGAGGAAGAGCCGGUGGAGCAGCAGCGGCCCGAGGUCACGGCCCCACCACAGGAAGUGAUGAUGGUCAAGCAAACUGCUACUGUGGUGGAGAAGACGCCGGUGGCCGACGGCUCGGAUGAGGAAGCAGGGAAUCCCUUCGCCUCCGCUAAUGCUAACGCUAACGGGAACCCGUUUGAGGACGAGCCUCCCUCCCCAGCGGUGUCGGUGUGUGUGCGCGCGCUGUACGAGUACGAGGGCCAGGAGCAGGACGAGCUCAGCUUCAAAGCAGGAGAGGAGUUCACUAAGAUCGGGGAGGAGGACGAGCAGGGCUGGUGUAGAGGACGUCUGAGCGACGGCACCGUUGGACUCUAUCCUGCCAACUACGCGGAGGAGCUGCAGUGAGACCGGAGUGUGUGUGUGUGUGUGUGUGACGGCGGCCUCACACACACACACACGCCGCGGCAUCAUCACAGUGCCUCACACACAUCAGAUGCCGAGCCUAGACGAUAGUUCACAGUGAUCCGACUGUGACCUGCUGAUUUUAAAGAGUUUUACCGAUGCUGUUUGCUUUUAGGAAUAUAAUCACACUGAUCCGUCUGCACACCUGACCUCUGACCCCCAGCCCACUGAGACUGCGCUGUGUGCUUUUACGCUCAUGGUAAUGAGUCCGGUCUUCAGCUGGACACGUGCACUGGGCCACAUGCUGUAGACACACACACACACUCCAGAACACGCUUAUACUGUAGAUAGAGUGUGUGUGUGUGUGUGUGUGUGUGUGUGAGUUCUCCUUCACAUGCUGUGAUCACUCUGAGAAUGUAUUGUGAAUGUUGACAUGAGCUGAAUGUGUAAAUAAGAGUCGACGCCAAAGCCUUCCGCCUCUCAGGUGGCCUUAUCACAGCGUUCGUAUGCGGAUGCUGAGUGUGUGUGUGUGUGUGUGUGUGUGUGCUGCCAUGUUCUUCACAUAUGUGCAGAAGCGAAUCGGACCGAUUGAGUUUAGCAUUGCUGUACGCGUCAGCUCGAGCGCUUUGACGUUACACAACUCGGUUACACAGGUGGAGUUUAUUUACUUUUGUAUUUUGUCAAGCUGGCAAUAAAUGAACUGAAUUUCCA